UAAUGCGCCGCCGUGGUGUCAUUACGCACACGGAGCUCUCCAAGAGCGUAACAGGAGCGCCAGGAGAAUUACUGUCAGAAGAAAGUCAGAGAUUUAUUUUGAAGCUUUCUCUCUGAAGGAAAAACUACUCUGGGUUCUUUGUUGAUUUUAGGAUGACCGGUGUGUGGAGUUACCGGGCCGCCGUUGAAAAGAAGAUUAGAUGAUUCUUCAGAGCGAGACCGGAUGUGAUUUUUCGUCCUAGUGCCGCCCAGGAACGUCCGGACCCUCUGUGAGAUGCCCACCUGACCUCUGACCCCUCGCACCAUGGACCUCCGUCUGCAGGCCAACCCGCAGCUCCACUACGGGAUCAACGGGGCCGCCGGCCGAAACUCCAGGCAGCACGAAGAUGAUCUGCGGUUUCUGAGCCAGGAGGAGCAGGAGUGCAUCCAGUUCUUCGAGGAGACUAUCGACUCAUUGGAGGAGAGUCUAGAGGAAAAUGACCCAAGACUAGAGCAGAGAAUCAGCAGAAGUCUUGUCGAAGGGGUCAACGGACCCCCGACCUCGAGUCCCAACCCUGGUGUAACUGUGCCCUCCUUCUUGGCCGGACCUCCCAGUCCGAAAGACCAGGAUAUUAUAGAUCUGGUUCGCCCAGAACCGGACUUGGUGCAGACCAAAGAGCGGAACUUCAGCCCCACCAAUCCAGAUUUUCAGAGUAUGGUGCCAACUCCUGAAAGCCACUUUGAGAUAAAGCCAAGGCGAGAUCAGACAGACAGCUUGCCUUCAGAGUACAACCCUCCCCUACCAAGUGGCAGCUAUGGGCCAACAGACAGCCACUCCUCCUACCACCCUCCAGGCUGUAUCCCCACCCCGGUCCUGAUUGCCCAGAAGAUAGCCGAGAACCAGGCUGGUGGAACCUCCAACUUCCUGCCCUCGUCACACCUCCGCCCCUCCAGCUUGGACUCCGAAAAGCCUCUGAGCUACAGCACAGAUGGUCCGAUAGUUAAAUACGGUCCUCCUACCUCUGCCAAGCCUAACCGCUACCCCUCUAACAUCAAUGUGAUCCUCGGCAACAAGGAGCACCAGAACCAGUCGCUGGCGAAUGUGAACCUCCACGAAAGACGGGCGCAGAUGCUGGCAAAUCUAUCAGGGUCACACCCUCUGCUGCAGGAAGAGCCUCAGCCGUCAAUGGAACAGAAGGCUCGAAAUGUUCCCACACGGAGCAUUUCUUUCAAGGACCCGUCACCAGACAAAUCCAGGAUGGAGGCCCUGUCUAAGCUGGGCUUAAACAGGAAUCGAGCCAUGUCCGGGGGUUUGUCGCUCCUCGUCACCCCUAACAGCACCUCUCUGGAUCCGUCCACAGGUGCAGAAACAAGUGCCAAACCUCUCGAGGCCAGUGUUCCCCCAACAACAAAAACCAAUACUAAAUUGCCUGAAGCCAUUGUUAGAUCACCAUCUCAGAUUUACGAAGACAGAAAAGCUGAGAUUCUACGGACAGACUCUCUCAGGAGCAAUGAAGAUAGAAACCGCCAACUGAGCCCCUCGCCUCCAGCAGUCACACAGGGCAGCUUCUAUCCACCUCCUCCUUUGGAUACCAAGACAUCCAUUCCACCUGCACCUGAGGUCACCUCACUGGAAUUUAACAGCUACGGAGGGAAAUCUAUCGUGGUCAACCCGUCUGUUUCCUCUAAGAGUGAACCUCCAACCUCUCAAACUAGCCAUGAACCCAAAAUCCUUCCACCUGUGCUGGCUAACCCCAGUGAGUUCAACCCCUAUGGAGGAAAGACCAAAGUCAUGACCCCGGCUGCCGUGACCAGGAGCGACCUUCCCGACAUCCUCAGCUCCCACAUCGACAAGAGUCAAACCUUCCCCGCCAAGUCAGAGCCACUACCUACUGAGCUGAAUAGUUACGGAGGCAAGAGCCGGACCAUCAACCCCUCCACCGGGUUAAAUCGCCCUUCAAGGAGUUUAAAACCUCCAGCCCCAACCCCAGCCCAAAAACCUCCUCGGCACUCCUAUCACGGUGCCGUCACUUCCCAGAAAGCAGCGUUGCGAGCCUUGUCCCCUGAACACAAGCGAAGACCUGGCUCCAUGUUUCGUCCUCAAGGCAUCACGGUGCAGUUUUCUGGACGGGGGGCGAUGGACGAGUCACGUAGGGACGCGCUGAGGAAACUGGGGCUGCUAAAAGACUCUUGAUGAAUUCAUUCUUCAGUCUCCACCUGUCGAACCCGAAUCUCUGCUGUGUACCUGCUGGUGGAGGUGGUAUGCUAGAAGCUUCCCCAUUUAUGUCUGAGCAUGAAGGUGUGGUUGCAUAGAGACCUACUUUUACAGAUGGGAAUGGAGCUAGAUCCUACAAUGGACCCGCACAGCCAGUUCUCGUUUCCUCGCCAUAAAAAAAGACGGAUAGAAGAAUGACACAGUGCAGCAGCUACUGUUUCAGUGACAAAAGUCUUGACAGAUAAACUGCUUUAUCUUGUCUCUGAUCCAGGACAUUGAAUACCUCCGCACAAGAUAUUUUGGAACAAACCGAUGCCAUAAAAAAGGAGCAUCCGCUUCCUGUGGGAAUCAUAUAACAUUGGUCUCCGGUUUGCCACAAAUGAGGCUCAUUGUGAAACUUUAAAAACAUCUUAAUGAAAAAGUCUGGAGAUAUUCUAUAUUUAUAUAUAAGACCAAAACUACCAAUGUGUUAGUCCGCCUCUCAAUACUUUAUGACUUCGCUACCUUGGCACUGUAGUUUUUUUAUCAAACAUUACUCAUACAGGAGGAAAUAAUGUGUUUGUUGGGGACUAUUUUCAGCGGUGGAUCAAUACACAUUCGAUACUUUCGGUGGUUUUGUGUCAAAAAUUACGUUGGAUUAUCAACCAGGGCAAAGCGGGCGACUGUCCCUGCAUCCCAGACCCCCUAUAGGGUCCCCAAAAGGUACGUUAUGUGCCAGUUAAUUUUAUUUAGACUUCUAAGACAAAAAAAAAAUCGACUAUUAUUAUUUAAAUAUUUAAAUAAAUAUGUGCUUAAAAUUGCCACAAACUAACUGACAAACUGUAAAUAAAUAAUUAAAUUACAGAGUAGUUUUAUCUAAAUCAACAACCUCUCAUCACAUACUCGGAAAAAGAAAGAAUUUAAGUUAUAUUAUUUGUUUUUACAGUGUAAUUUUUCCUUCCAGCAACUGUCCGCAAAGUGAAAUUAAUGUUCAUACACAGGCUGUGAAGUCUUUAUCAGCCCUGUAACAUGGGAACCUUUUGUGUUUUCACUGGUUUGUGUACCGACUUUUGGGCAUUUUAAUCAGCGGUGAGAGUGUGUGUGUGUGUGUGUGUGUGUGUGUGUUUUCUGUCAGCACUUUUGUUUAAAGAACUUUUCUCUGGAGGAAUUUUAUUACUUCUGAAAUAACCAUAACUAUAUUGUAAAGAACAAAAGCCGUGCAUAUAAAGUAUAUACAGAAGAUCAAAGAAACAAGACAUGAAAAGUCAAACUCGAUGCCUGUUUUCUAAUCGUUUUGAAUAUCGCCACUGAUUCGGAUGACCUGGAAUAUCAAGAGGUGCACGAGUUGAAAGUGAAAAGAGCCUGGGGUUUUUCUUGAAAGAUGCAAAGCUGAGCUGAGCUGGAGGAUAUUUUUACUCCACGGACAAACCUCCCACACCAAACCACAGACUGUGGAAUGGGUUUUUGAGGGCAGGACUUUUACUUUUUUACUACGCAGAGGGAAUACUUUUAAAACUGCUCUUUAGGGAUGGGCGAGCACAUGGCAUUGUACAAAACACAAGCACUAAAACCCACAGAGUCUAGAAAUACAUCCUGGGUUUACUUAUGUGUUUUUUAUUCCUUUUUGUUUUCUCGAGCUGUUGUCGAUAACUUUGCAAGUGUGUUAUUUAACUGUUGUAGCAGCAUGUAUGUGUGUAUGUAUGUAUGUAUGUGUGUGUGAGUAAGUUUACUGUGUUUUAUCCAGACUCCGGCCUCUGUAGCUCACCUACAGUAACUUUUGAAGUAUAUUUUGUUUCACAUAGAAGUACCCAGAGUUGUACUUUGGGGUCCUGUGUGAAUAUUUUUGUGAAUUUUUGUUUACAGACUCCGGUUUCUCUGUAGUUCAGCUACAGUCAUUUUUGAAGUAUCUAAUGGUGCAUGCAUUCAGUUUAUAACUACAUUCUGUAUAACACAGCCGACUUUAUAAGGAAAUGUUUUUGCAAGCUGUAAACGUCUGCACAGAACAGGGUUUAAAAAGUGCCUCCAUGUGUGGUAAAUGGGAAUCUUAGUGGCCAUGGUGAAAGUUGCUGCUACGGUACAACUGUCCACUUUGUAUACUGUAUGUACUCUGCUUAAUAUAUCUACUGUUGAGUUUUUUUUUUUUUUUUUGUCAAUCAUUAAACAGAAUAACAUUCA